AUGGGUGGCAAUUGGAGCAAUCAUCAAAUAUAUCCCGAGACGAUAUGGCUGCGGUGGAGCACCCAGACCACGGUGUGGGGUGUGGAAUAUCCACAGGGGACAGUGCUAGAGUUCAAGAAGGACCUCCUGGACAACCAACUGCGAUACGCGGUGCGUAGCAACGACACACACACACACACACGCACACUGUUCCGCGCAGGCAGAUAUAAUAUGUUCGUGUCUUGUCUGUCUGUCGUUGCCACCACCUCGCACAGGGCUACUUGUCGGCAGAGGACAUUCAGUUCGGUGGCUGUGAUCCCGUGAGCGACAGCAGGCCAGCACUUGAAGCGUUUGACAGUCGAGGUGAGCGGGAAGCGGACCCUCUGGUGAUUCUGGUCCCCUUUGGACCGAUGCCAAAGAGCUACAGUACUACGAAAUGUUUGUCGACGGUAAUUCAGAGCCACGUGGGCGGAUUCAGGAUAUGCAUGCCUAUGUGUGAGUGGUGGUUGGUUGGUCUGCUCAGAUGCGACUCCCGUGGAGGGGUCAGCACAAUCAGGUGGGCGAACACUGCAGAUGUGUAGAAUCAAUGACACACACAUACACACGUCUUUAGCCGUUCAUCCCUUGUGAUUGGUUGCCGAUCGGUGUGUGUGUGUGUGUGUGUGUUUUGGUCUGGGGCAGCCACAGUGA